AUCAAUUAUCAAAGUGUGAUGUGUAGUAUUUUGUCAAAUCGUGAGUCUUCGAUAAAUUUGGAAUUAAUUGGCACAUAAAUGAAUGUCUUUACAGAAAUUAAAUAUAAUUCUUAAACUUCAGAAGAAACCUUUAAGUUAAUGUGAUUGUAUGCAGUACUAAGUUUAAAAAGUUAGAGUUACAAUAUGAUGGACGGAAAUGAUUUAGGAUCUGAUACAAGAAGAGGUUUUGUAUCGCAAGGAUGGACGCGUAUUUCACAGAUUUAUCAAGGGCUGCUAGAUAAAUGGACACCUCAUACGAAAAGUAGAUGGGCAGUAGCUAUUCUACUUGUAUUAGUAUUCAUUCUCAGAGUAUUUUUAAAACAAGGAUGGUAUAUAGUCACCUAUGCACUAGGAAUCUAUCAUUUAAAUUUAUUUAUUGCAUUUUUGACACCAAAGAUUGAUCCAGCCAUGGAUUUUGAUGGAGAUGAUGAAAAUGGUCCAGCUCUACCAACAAGAUCCACAGAAGAAUUUCGGCCAUUUAUCCGCAGAUUGCCCGAGUUUAAAUUUUGGCUAUCUGUUACUAAAAGUACCAUAUUUGCCUUUGGUUGCACAUUUAUUGAUGCCUUUAAUAUACCAGUUUUCUGGCCUAUUUUAGUUAUGUAUUUUAUAACUCUAUUUUGUAUAACAAUGAAGAGGCAAAUUAAGCACAUGAUCAAGUAUCGUUACUUGCCAUUCACCCACAGCAAGCCCAAAUACAAAACGGUAGAUUCAACAGUGACUGUGAACUGACGACGUGGAUUUGAACUCCUCACACUGUGCCGCGAGUUGAGUUACUUGAAAACUGUUGUAUACCAACUUAUGUUUAUAGAAAUACAGUUUAUAUUGUAAUGUUUUUCAUUUUUAAUUUAAUUAUUAGUUUUAUAUACAUUUAUUUAUGGUUUAAAAGUCGAAUAUCAUAGCUUAACAUAACUAGAUGCAAAUAUUAAAAUAAGAUUAUAAUAUAUGUGUUUGUAAAUCAAUGUUACUGUAAUAUGUAAUAUUUUAUCAUAAUUAUGUUGGAAAAUUUUUUUUAGCAAAAUGAAAACAUAGUACAUUCCAUUAAA